AUGACAAAAUAUUUUGCAGUAAAUCAUAAAGUCAAUGCUGAAAUUUAUGAUAUUCCGAAUAAACAAGAUGAAAAUGUUAUUGAGAUUAAUUCUAGCGAUUAUGAUGAAGAUCAAGAAUAUCAUGAUGAAAAUCAAGAGCACCAUGAUAUGGUAGUUGAAGAAAAUGAUGAUGUUCUUUGGCAUUUAACUGGUAAUUAA